UUCUCUCUCUCUCUCUCUCUGGUUCUCUCAUCUCCGAUUCAACCAUCGAGGAAGAAGCUGCCGUCCCUCCCUCCCUCCCUUCAGCUUCCUCACCCGAUUACCCGAUCCCCGAUCUCUGAUCCUCGCCUUCCCAAGUCCCCAGAUCUUGAUCGCCCCCGAUUCUGCUGGCCGAAUCCUCUCCUUCGAUCCGGGGUUUGAAUUGGAGUUCCAGAUCCGGAUCUCGCCCCCCCGAUCGGGUUAUCUUCUUGACUCAAUCGCGGAAUCUGUGAUUCCCGGGGUUGAGGUUUGGUCUUUGAUCCAUCGCUGCCGAGACCCGGACCUCUCUUGCUUUGCCGUCGAUGGAGGCAAUGGAGGAACUGAGCCAGCUCGCGGAGUCCAUGAUGCAGGCGGCCGCGCUCCUCGCGGACGAGGACGUCGAUGAGGGAUCAAACAAGCGGAGGUCGUCCACCUUUCUCAACGUCGUCGCCCUUGGCAAUGUUGGUGCCGGUAAAUCAGCGGUGUUGAACAGUUUAAUCGGACAUCCCGUCCUGCCGACCGGAGAAAAUGGUGCAACUCGUGCUCCUAUAAGCGUUGAUCUGCAAAGAGAUGGCUCGUUGAGCAGUAAAUCAAUUGUAUUACAAAUAGACAACAAAUCCCAGCAGGUUUCUGCAAGUGCUCUUAGGCACUCUCUUCAGGAUAGGCUCAGCAAAGGCUCAGGAAGGAGCCGUGCAGAUGAGAUCAAUUUGAAGCUUCGGACUAGCACAGCUCCUUCUUUGAAAUUGAUUGAUCUACCAGGCCUAGACCAGCGGGCUAUGGAUGAUUCUGUGGUCAGUGAUUAUGGGGCACAUAAUGAUGCAAUAUUGCUAAUUAUAAUUCCAGCUGCUCAGGCACCAGAUAUCUCUUCUUCUCGAGCUCUUAGACUGGCUAAAGAGUUUGAUGGAGAAGGGACAAGAACGAUUGGUGUUAUUAGCAAGAUUGAUCAAGCAGCUGGGGACCAAAAACAUCUUGCAGCGGUUCAAGCUCUGCUUUUGAAUCAGGGGCCACGGAGUGCUGCUGAUAUUCCAUGGGUUGCACUGAUUGGUCAAUCCGUUUCUAUUGCUUCAGCACAAGCUGGAGGAGUUGGAUCUGAAAGUUCACUUGAAACUGCUUGGAGAGCUGAGACUGAAAGUCUUAAAACAAUACUUACCGGAGCUCCACAAAAUAAGCUUGGAAGAGUAGCAUUAGUUGACACUCUUGCGAAACAAAUACGUGCAAGAAUAAAGCUUCGGCUGCCAAAUAUUCUUUCUGGACUACAAGGUAAGUCCCAGAUUGUGCAGGAUGAAUUGUCAAGGCUUGGUGCACAAAUGGUGCAGAGUGCAGAAGGUACAAGGGCUAUUGCCUUGCAGCUUUGUCGAGAAUUUGAGGAUAAGUUUCUGGAGCACAUUGCUCUUGGUGAGGGUGCAGGUUGGAAAGUUGUUGCAACUUUUGAGGGAAAUUUCCCUAGCAGAAUAAAGCAGCUUCCAUUAGAUAGACAUUUUGAUAUCAAUAAUGUCAAAAGGAUUGUGUUGGAAGCUGAUGGUUAUCAGCCAUAUUUGAUAUCUCCAGAGAAAGGUUUGAGAUCUUUAAUAAAAGGAGUACUAGAACUUGCAAAAGAACCAUCACGCCUUUGUGUCGAUGAGGUACAUCGUGUUCUGUUAGAUAUAAUUUCUGCUGCUGCAAAUGCUACCCCAGGCCUAGGCCAAUAUCCUCCAUUUAAGAGAGAGGUGGUUGCAAUUGCAUCUACUGCAUUAGAAAGCUUUAAAACCGAGGCCAAAAAGAUGGUUGUUGCAUUAGUUGACAUGGAGCGUGCUUUUGUUCCUCCGCAACAUUUCAUCCGUCUAGUCCAGCGGAGAAUGGAUAGGCAGCGUAGGGAGGAUGAACUGAAGAAUCGAUCAUCAAAGAAAGCAAAUGAAGCAGAGCAAGCCAUUUUGAAUAGAGCGUCAAGCCCUCAGCCAGGAGCUCAAGGUGGUAGCUUGAAAUCAAUGAAGGAGAAAUCAAAUCAACCAGAGAAAGAAACAAAAGAGGGCUCAGCCUUGCAGAUUGCUGGACCUUCUGGAGAAAUUAUAGCAGGGUUCUUACUGAAAAAAAGUGCAAAGACAAAUAGCUGGAGCAGGCGAUGGUUUGUGCUCAAUGAGAAAAGCGGAAAGCUUGGAUACACUAAAAAGCAGGAGGAGAGGCACUUUCGUGGUGUCAUCACGUUGGAGGAAUGUAACAUUGAAGAUCUUUCAGAGGAAGAUGAACCUCCUAAAAGUUCCAAGGACUCCAAAAAGGCAAAUGGCCCAGAAAAAGGUCCAAGUCUUGUCUUCAAGAUAACCAGCAAGGUUGCAUACAAGACUGUUUUAAAAGCUCACAGUGCUGUAGUAUUAAAGGCUGAGAACAUGGCUGACAAAGUCGAAUGGGUGAAUAAGAUACGAAAGAUCACUGGUUCUAGGGGAACUCCUCUGAAGGGGGCAACUGAUUCUGAAGCUAGUCCCGCAAUUAGACAAAGUCAUUCUGAUGGCUCACUAGACACAAUGGCUAGAAAGCCAGCUGAUCCAGAAGAAGAACUUCGAUGGAUGUCUCAAGAAGUCCGGGGUUAUGUGGAGGCAGUCUUGAACAGCCUUGCUGCAAAUGUUCCAAAGGCAGUUGUGCUUUGUCAAGUUGAGAAAGCUAAGGAAGACAUGUUAAAUCAGCUAUAUAGCUCUGUAAGUGCUCAAAGCACAGCAAAGAUCGAAGAACUACUCCAGGAGGACACAAACGUGAAGCGUAGACGAGAACGAUUCCAACGGCAGUCGUCUCUUCUUUCAAAACUUACACGCCAGCUAAGCAUCCAUGACAACCGAGCAGCAGCUGCUAGUUGGUCAGAUGGUAACUCUGGAACAGAAAGCAGCCCAAGGACCAAUGUUUCUCCAGGUGAUGAUUGGAGAUCGGCAUUUGAUGCUGCAUCAAAUGGAACCGUUGAUGGCUCAUACACCGAAUCAUCAAGGUCCAGCAGUCGUCGCCAUGGUUACCCAACCCAAAAUGGCGAUGCAAGUUCGGGCGCAAACUCUGGUAGUCGUCGGACGCCUAACAGGUUGCCACCUGCUCCACCACAAGGCAGUUCAUCGAUGUAUAGAUACUAGGUGGCCAUCAUUUGAUUGACAUUAGAUAUCCAUAUAUAUUAUUCUAGAUGGAUGGAUGCGAUUGUAUUGGUGCUUUUUGGCCAUUUGUUUUUUAGCUGAUUCAACCCACAGAGCAGAAGUAGCAUAUAUUGCACCCAUUUGCUAUGAUUGCGUUCCACAUGCAGAAGCUUUUAUCUAUCUGGGGAAUACAAGCAUCUGCUAGAUCCAGCCGUGUGAGCCUGUUUUAUCAUAAAAUGGGCUUCGCUCUCAUUUCUCAUCUUUUUAUUAGUUGUAAUUAUUCGUUUACAAUGUUGAGGUUUUGAUUCUAUCUGAGAUAUGUUACAGUGCAGUGUGUUCAGAAA